AGCAAACACUUCCAAGCCAACGAAGCUGAGCAAACAAGAGAAAAAUGGUGUCUAUGUGUCGACAGAUCCUAGGCCUGUCCCUGGCCAUUAUUGGUUUCUUGGGAGCGAUUAUUAUUUGCGCCCUUCCCAUGUGGAAGAUGUCUGCGUUCAUUGGAGCCAACAUCGUGACAGCACAGAUCAUCUGGGAGGGCUUGUGGAUGAACUGUGUGGUCCAGAGCACAGGGCAGAUGCAGUGCAAAAUCUACGACUCGCUCUUGGCUUUACCUCAGGACUUGCAGGCUGCUCGGGCGCUUGUGAUCAUCGCCAUCAUUAUCUGCAUCUUUGGGCUCGUCCUGGGGAUUGCCGGUGGAAAAUGCACAAACUUUGUUGAGAGGGAAGACAGCAAGACAAAGGUGGCUAUCGCCAGUGGUGUGAUCUUCAUCAUCGCCGGAGUGUUGGUCCUGGUCCCCGUCUGCUGGUCACCUAAAGAGGACAACUACAACAUCAAGUACUCUCAGCCACGGUCCACUGCCAACAGCAGAGCCUACGUCUGACAGUAAUCAAGCAUGCAAAGACUUUUUACUUACAAAGACCCUUUUUUCGUAAAACCUCUUUAUUCCCAUCUCUGGAUUUUUUCCCCAAUGAGAAACGAAGGAAGGCCAGUGUCUGAUAUGGCAUAGUUUAUUUACUGAGAUUUUGUGCUGUGUUUCCACAGAUCACUGAAAGAGAAAGUGUGCAUUUAUGAUGAGAGGAAUCAAACUCAGGGAAGCGACGGAGAUCUGAAAUGUUAACUGUGUUUUUUGUUUUUUUUUAGAAACAAGCUGUUCUUGUAAUUUAUGUUUAAUAUGACAAUAUGAAUAGUUCCAUUAAUCAUUGUAGGUAUCUGACUGUUAAUAAAUUACAAAGGCCAUGGUUUUAUAAAAUGUGCAUUAACCUUCUACAUUUUUUCUAAACAUAAAUUAGCAUUUUUGCACAAAGAUGCCUUAAUCGGUACAUUUGUCUUACCGUUUGUUUAUUAAAAUAAAUGCUUCUGUAAAACAA